CAUAAUACAACUGACUGACCUGUUUUGAAAUGAAAGGUAAACAGAACUUCCAGUUCUACAAAAAAAAAAUCUUAAUUAGAAACAAGGCAAAGUAGGUCUUGCCAAUAAGUUGUAGGAAUGGAAGGAGUUGGAAUUGAGAGUGAGCUGAGAAUGAUGAAAACACCCCACAUUUUGUUGAUUUCACUUCCUUUCCAAGGACACGUUAGCCCCAUGGUGCAAUUCACCAAGAGGUUGGCUUCCAAAGGCCUACAAGUCACAUUUCUUUGUCCCUCUUCCACCAUUGUCAUUAACCAAUCGGACUCCAUCAACAUUGAGUACAUCUCCUAUAAAGAUGGUCCAACAGUCCAAGACUUGGAACUUUAUAUGGCUAAUAUCCAAAAACAUGCAUCCGACAAGUUGGUUCAAGUCAUCGAAAAACAGAAGAGAUGUGGUCAUCCCUUUGACGUCCUUGUGCAUGAUUCACUCAUGCCAUGGGCAGUUGAUUUUGGACAUCAACAUGGUUUAAGAGUAGCUUCUUUUUUCACUCAAGCCUGUGCAGUUAACGCGAUUUAUUACCUUGUGUUCCAAGGGAAACCUAGGCCCCCCCUCGAGGAAGGAUCUAGUUUAUCCUCCCUCCCACUUUCGAUACCUGUUAGAGACUAUAGAGAUCUUCCUUCUGACCUUUAUGAUGAGCGUCAUCCAGGAUCCAUAGAACUGCUUGGAAGCCAAUUUUCCCAUGUUCAGAAAGAUGAUUGGAUACUCUGUAACACUUUUCUUGAGCUCGAAACUCAGGUUGUGAAUUGGUUGUCAAGCAAAUGGAAAAUUAUGACCAUAGGACCAUCAGUUCCAUCAAUGUUCUUAGACAAGCGAUUAGCUGAUGACAGAGACUAUGGUCUCAGCCUCUUCAAGCCCGAAGGAGAAGCAUGCAUUAAAUGGCUAGAUGAAAAAGAUACCGACUCAGUAGUCUAUGUGUCAUUUGGGAGCUUAGCCAACCUGGUGCAAGACCAAAUGGAUGAAAUAGCUUGGGGCUUAUUGAACAGUGAUUGCAACUUUUUAUGGGUAGUCAGAGAUACUAAAAAGAGUAAGCUUUCAGAGAAGUUUAUUGAAGAAUUUGCUGACAGAGGCCUAAUUGUGAACUGGUGCCCUCAACUGAAAGUCUUGGCUCACAAUGCUGUAGGGAGCUUCAUGACUCAUUGUGGCUGGAACUCAACUCUUGAGGCACUGUCUUUGGGUGUGCCAAUGACGGUAUUGCCUCAGUGGAUGGAUCAAACAACUAAUGCCAAGUACAUUGUGGAUGUAUGGAAAACUGGUGUUCGAGUGAAAGCGCGUGACAAGGAGAGCAUCACAAGGGAGGACAUAACUAAGUCUGUGAAAGAUGUCAUGGAGGGAACAAAGAGGGAAGAGCUUAAAACCAAUGCCCUUAAAUUGAAGGAAAUGGCUUUAGAGGCAAUGAGUAAAGGUGGAAGCUCUGAUAAGAAUAUCGACGAUUUCAUUUCAGAAGAUCAUUUUCAAAUCAUGGCUGCCAAAAUUCAUGUAUUUGUAGUGGUAUACCCAGUUCAAGGCCAUAUAAAUCCGAUGCUACAGUUCUCCAAACGAUUAGCAUCAAAAAACGUCAGAGUUACAUUGAUCACCACCUCUUCCUACAAGAAUCUCAAUGAUAAUCAACCCUCUAACCCCACCGUCUUCUUUGAUUACAUUUCCGAUGGAUUCUCCGGUGAAAAGCCACCGGGGAUUGCUGAUUUCGUCGAAACAUUCAAGGCCGAAUCGUCCCGGAGCUUGCCGGAACUUAUUGAAAAACAGAGCAAAACAGAGUACCCUGUUAAUGCCAUUGUGUAUGAUUCGUUCAUGCCUUGGGUUCUGGAUAUAAGUAAGGAGUUUGGGUUAUAUGGGGUGUCGUUUUUCACGCAUUCUUGUGCUGUUUCUACGAUUUAUUAUCAUACGAGUAAAGGGUCUUUGAAGAUUCCGGUGGAGAAGGGGAAUGUGGUUUCUUUGCCUUCGAUCCCGCCUUUGGAGGUGUGUGAUUUGCCUUCUUUUGUUUCGGAUUUGGAUUCGUAUCCGGGCGUGCUGAAGCUUGUUCUUGAUAGGUUCUCUAAUUUUGAAGGGGCUGAUUGUUUGUUUUUCAACAGUUUUGACAAGCUCGAAAUUGAGGUUGUGAAUUGGUUGUCGAGCAAAUGGAAAAUUAUGACCAUAGGACCAUCAGUUCCAUCAAUGUUCCUAGACAAGCGAUUAGCUGAUGACAGAGACUAUGGCCUCAGCCUCUUCAAGUCCGAUGGAGAAGCAUGCAUCAAGUGGCUGGACGGGAAAGAUACAGAAUCAGUAGUGUAUGUGUCAUUUGGGAGCUUAGCCAACCUUGUGCAGGACUACAUGGAUGAAAUAGCUUGGGGCUUGUUGAACAGCAAAUGCAGCUUUUUAUGGAUAGUUAGAGAUACUGAAAAGAGUAAGCUUUCAGAGAAAUUUUUAGAAGAAGCUGCUGACAGAGGCCUGAUUGUGAAUUGGUGCCCUCAGCUUGAAGUUUUGGCUCACAAGGCUGUAGGGAGCUUCAUGACACAUUGUGGCUGGAACUCAACUCUUGAAGCAUUGUGUUUGGGUGUGCCAAUGAUGGUAAUGCCUCAGUGGACGGAUCAAACAACUAAUGCCAAGUAUAUUGUGGACGUAUGGCAAACUGGUGUACGAGUAAAAGCCCAUGACAAGGAGAGCAUUACAAGGGAGGACAUAACUAAGUCUGUCAAAGAUGUCAUGGAGGGAACAAAGAGGGGAGAUCUUAAAGCCAAUGCUCUUAAAUUGAAGGAAAUGGCCUUAGAGGCAAUGAGUGAAGGUGGAAGCUCAGAUAAAUAUAUGGAUGAUUUCAUAUCUCAAAUUGUGACCCGGACCACCUCGACCUGAAUAUCUCAGAAGGGGGAACAAGCACACUUGAAGAGAGCAGUACAAUGGAGAGUUGUAUGCCAAGUGCUGAUCGGUCUGCUCUCAUAUAAAAUAUUGUGAAAAGGGGUAGGUAAGGCUUGGACGGAGAUCUUUCAUAUAUUUGGCGUAAGUGUUUAAAUUUUAUGAUAGACGAGGCACUUCAUUUUCUUUAUUUUAGUUACACAGACAGAUAAAUGUCAUUAAAGAUGGGUCAGUUUGGAAUUUAUUAAUGCUCUGUUAUAGUAUAUACAACUGCUCAUCAGUGUUUAACUUC